AUGCCUCCCAGGGACCAACUAGACAGAGCGUCGGCAUUGGUGCGUUCAAAGGUUAGUUGCAUUACUAGGUAUUCUACUGUCAAGGCACAACAACAACCACAACAACAACAACAACAACAACAACAUCCUCCCGUAUACCUCCAAUCCCGAAACUCUUGUGGUUUGAACCACUGCUCUAUAGAUAGCUAA